AAAUGGACCGCGCCCAACGGCUCCAGAAACCUACUCAGCGGCGGGACGGAAGCCCUCAGCUGAACCACGUGGUCUCCGGGGCAGCGGGAUGGCAGCGCCUGCGCACUGCGCGAGAUGGGUGCCCCUGCGCAAGGAGACCAGCGCGCCUGCGCACAGCGGCACCUCCAGGGCUCUGCGGCAGCCGGGCGGGGCCAUGACCGGAAGCGGAAGUGAAUGUCAAGGGCAGAGCGGAGCGGUUGCGGUGGAGGCUGCGGCGGCGGGCGUCGCGGGCGCUUCUCUAGGCGACCACAGCUGCCAGGUACUGGCUGGCCUCGUACAGAAACUGCUCUACAUGAGAAAACAUCUCCAUGGGCUGUUCAUACGUCCGUCUGUUCUUGUGUCCCCAGUGAUGGCAGACAGGUAGUCUUCCACCUAUCUAUCUGUGGCAGAUCCUUUCCAGGAGUUCCAUUAUGGGUGUGAGAGGCUUGCAGGGAUUUGUGGGAAGUUCCUGUCCACAUAUAUGUACAGUAGUAAAUUUCAAAGAACUGGCAGAAGAGUACCGAAGCAAGCAUCCUGGAUGUACUCCAGCCAUUGUGGUCGAUGCCAUGUGCUGUCUCCGAUACUGGUAUACUCCAGAAUCUUGGAUCUGUGGAGGCCAGUGGCGAGAAUACUAUUCUUCUUUGAGAGAUUUUGUUAAAACUUUUACAGCUGUUGGCAUCCAGUUGAUAUUCUUUUUUGAUGGCAUGGUGGAGCAGGAUAAGAGAAAUGAAUGGGUGAAACGAAGACUCAAGAACAGCAGAGAGAUAGCCAGGAUUUUUCAUUAUAUCAAGUCACACAGGGAGCAGCCAGGCAGAAAUAUGUUUUUCAUCCCCUCAGGGCUGGCCAUAUUUACACGAUUUGCUUUAAAGACACUGGGUCAGAAAACAUUGUGUUCAUUACAGGAAGCAGACUAUGAGGUGGCUUCUUAUGGUCUCCAAAAUAACUGUCUUGGAAUUCUCGGAGAAGAUACUGAUUACUUAAUUUAUAAUACUUGUCCCUACUUUUCAAUUAGUGAGCUCUGCUUGGAAAGUCUAGAUACUGUCAUGCUCCAUAGAGAGAAACUUUGUGAGACUCUAAAUCUCAAUAUAACAGAUCUUCCUCUUUUGGCCUGUCUACUUGGCAAUGACAUAAUCCCAGAAGGCAUGUUUGAAAGUUUCCGGUACAAGUGCUUGUAUUCCUAUACUGCUAUAAGAGAGAACCUUGACAAAAAAGGUAACAUUAUCUUAGCUGUAGCAGAUCAUAUAUCUAAAGUUCUUCACUUGUAUCAAGGUGAGAAAAAAUUAGAAGAGAUGUUACCUUUGGGACCAAAUAAAGCUCUUUUUUAUAAGGGAGUGGCAUCAUAUCUGUUGCCAGGACAGAAAUCUCCAUGGUUUUUCCAGAAACUCAGAGAUGGAGUAACUUUGGACAAGCAAGUAGUGUCCAUGAGUUCAGAUCCUGAAUCCAAGCAAGUUCCCACAUGCACAGACCCUAAAUCCAAGCAAGAAGUUCCCAUGCGUACCGAUCCUAAAUCCAAGCAAGAAGUUCCCAUGCGUACUUUCCCUAAAUCCAAGCUAGAAGUUCCCAUGCGUCCUAAUGUUAAAUCCAAGAUAGUUCUUGUGUGCACUGAGCCUAAAUCCAGGCUAGGAGUUCCGAUGCGUCCUAACAUUAAAUCCAAGAUAGUUCCUGUAUAUAUAGACCCUACAUGCAAGCUAGGAGUUCCCAUGCAUACAGAAUCUGAGUCCAAGCAUGAAGUUCCCAUGCAUAGAGACCCUUCACCCAAGCAUGGAGUUCCCAUGCAUACAGACCCUGGAUCCAAGCAAGAAGUUCCCAUGCAUACAGACCCUGGUUCCAAGCAAGAAGUUGCCAUGCUUAGAGACCCUUCAUCUGAGCAAGAAGUUCCCAUGCAUACAGGCCCUGGAUCCAAGUAUGAAGUUCCCAUGCAUGCAGACCCUGGAUCCAAGCAACAAGUUCUUACAUGUACAGACCCUGAAUCCAAGCAAGAAGUUCUCAUACAUACAGACCCUGCAUCCAAGCACCAACUUCCCAUGCAUACAAACUGUGAAUCUAAGCAAGAAGUUCCCGUGCAUACAGACCCUGAAUCCAAGCAGAAAGUUCCAACGCAUACAGACCCUGAACCCAAGCAAGAAGUUUUCAGGCAUACAGACCCUGAGUCCAAGCAAGACGUUCCCAUGAGUACGGACCCUGUGUCCAAGCAAGAUGUUCCCACGUGUACAGACCCUGAGUCCAAGCAAGACGUUCCCACGUGUACAGACCCUGAGUCCAAGCAAGAUGUUCCCACGUGUACAGACCCUGAGUCCAAGCAAGACAUUCCCAUGAGUACAGACCCUGAGUCCAAGCAAGGCUUUCCCACGUGUACAGGCCCUGAAUCCAAGCAAGACGUCCCCACGUGUACAGACCCUGAAUUUAAGCAAGACGUCCCCAUGUGUAUAGACACUGAAUCCAAGCAAGAAGUAUCCAUGUAUACAGACCAUGAAUCUAAGCAAGAAGUAUCUAUGUGUACAGACCCUGAAUCCAAGCAAGAAGUAUCCAUGUGUUCAGAACCUGAAUCCAAGCAAGAAAUUCCUAUGUGUACAGACCCUUCUUCCAAGCAAGAAGUAACCAUGAGUUCAGGCCCUGAAACCAAGCAAAUACUGCCCAUAGUUACAGACCCUGAAUCUAAGCUAGAAACACCCAUGCAUACAAACCCUGAAAUUAAACAAGUGGAACCCAUGAAUAUGGAGCCUGAAAUUAACCAAAAAGUAACCAAGAAUUCAGACCCUGAAAUCAAGCAACAAGUAGCAAUUUACUUAGCCCCUGAAAUCAAGCAAGAAGUAACCAUCAUUUCAGAUCCUGAAAUCUUAAAGGUUGCUAAAGCACAUCAUGUCCAAGGUGAAAGCUACCUGGUGUACAAUAUUAUGUGCAGUGGCGAGAUUGAAUGUGGCAACACCUUGGAAGACGAGCUUGAUCAGGCUCUGCCGAGCCAGGCCUUCGUUUACCGUCCUGUCCGACAGCGUGUUUACUGGCUCAUACUGGGAGACUGUAGAGAUGGUGUCAGCGCCUGCCCCACAGUAAAGGAGUGGUUUGUGUACUCGGGGAACCCGCUGAAGCAUCCGGACCUGGUUCAACCUCUGCAGAUGAACAUUCCAGGGGGAACACCUAGUUUGAAGAGACUGUGGCUGAACCAGCAGCCGGGAAUCCAAGGCCUGCGCUUUGACGCACUCCUGGCCUGUUUCAAUCUUUCCUCCGCAAAAGAAGAGCUGCAGGCUUUAGAAGACCCAUUUAAAGCUUUUUGCUGCCUCUUGAUCUACCUCUUUGUGCAGGUGGACUCUCUCUGUCUGGAGGAUCUGCAUGCAUUUAUUGCUCAGGCGGUGUGCCUCCAAGGAAAAUCAGCUAGUCAGCUUACCAGCAUACAGCUGGAUUAUGUUAACUCCAGAGCGGUACAGCUUGGUUCUCUCCUCGUCCGUGGCCUCACCACUUUGAUUUUGGUGAACAGUGCAUGUGGCUUUCCCUUGAGAAUGAAUGAUUUCAUGCCCUGGAAUAUAUUUGAUGGGAAGCUUUUCCAUCAGAAGUACCUGCAAGCUGAAAAAGGUUUUACUGUGGAGGUUCUUGUAGAACAAAAUAGAGCUCAGCUGACCAGAUUCCACUGUCUGAAGACAGCCGUUUGCAAGGCCUGCGUGAAGGACAACAGACGGAUUCUGACCAGACAGCACUGGAUUGCCCGCAACGCAGCGAGAUGGGGAAGACAAGGCUCAAAUUACCUAAGAACAGGCUAUGGACCCGGUCACUCAAAUCAAGGACAGCACUGGGGAGAGCGAGGGUCAGGAAGCAGACAGUAUGAACAUGACCAGUGGAGGAGAUAUCCAUCAUCUUCUGGGUGGCCCAACUGAUGAUGCCACGCGCGCCGGAGCAGAGCAGAACCUUCUCGCGGUAGAAGGAAGCAUCAUUUUAAGACUUGGAUGUUGAGCACAAAGUCAGUACAUCUUGCUUAUUAUUCUACAGUCAAGAUACAUAAUGAAAUACCCUCUGUCUCUCUUACACAUAACACAUAUGAAAGUGGUGUGCAUUUUAAAGCUCCAUCCCACUGUGCAUUUUCACCUGCAGCAUUUAGAGAAGGGAUGACUCUUACAGAAACAAUGAGACAGAGAGGCAGAACGAAGUGGAUCAAAGGACAUUCAGGCCUAUGCUCCAUUUAAAAGAAGAAAAAAACAAAAAAACCUGCUGGCCAUCAGGCUUUUUAAGCCACACAGAAAGAUGAAAUAUCACAAGGGUAGUAUUUAAUUUAAAUGUUUGUAAAUACAUAGACAUAUAUAGAGAAUGUAUUUUAAGAAAAGAGUAAAGAAACAAAGAAAUUAACUUCUACGGAAACUCUCCUCUGGUCAGCAGGAGCCUCUCUGCGGUGCUUUGUUUUGCUGAGUAGCAGUGUUGCAAGAGGCCUUGAACUUUUCUCUCCAGAAGAAGGGUGAAGAAUCACGGUGCAUCAUUGUAACUCUGUUCGCUGUGUUUGACUGAAUGUUGGAGAGAAGCUCCCAUUCUGCAUAUAAGCUUGGCUGUAUUUAAAGCACCUGAUAAGCACCGAGUGUCUUCUCACAGCUGUUCUGGAAUUCAUCACAGUCAUCUUAAAAAUACUAUUUUCACAGCAAGUUAUUUUCCUAUAGUAGCUGGCCUAGGCCUCUGGAUAUAUAAGUAUUCUUCUAAAAGUUUAUCAGUACUUACAUGUGUGUCAUCAGUGUUUCUAAUAUCAUAGCUCCUAUGUUUGGGUUCCUUUUCUGAAUUGAAGAGUCUUGUCAAAAAUGCUACCUUGUUGUUACUUCAAGGAGUUUUCCCUUUGGUGAAUGGAAAUAACUGGUUUGUGCUUACCACUUUGCUCCUAGGAAUUUAGCCAGACCAUCCGCAUUUAAAUGAAACAAACCUGUAGCAGCACUCAUAGAAAAUCUGUAAGAACUACAAAAAUGGCAGUAGACAGAAACACGGCCUUACAGCGCACACGGGAAAGGGAUACGGAUACGUACGAUGUCCUUCCAUGUCAGAACGCUUUUUAUCGCCCAGAGUGGUAAGCUUUAAUAUGGAAGAAAUGCUGUGGCUGCACAUAGACAGUCUAAUUGGAUUUCUCAGCCAUCCUUUUUUUAUUACGACUCUCAGUAAUGCAAGCUUGUGAUUUAUUACCAAAUGUAAGUAGUUAAUCUAAUACUACUGAGAAAAUCUGACUUAAUUCUUUGCUUUUGGUUUUAAUUAAGAUCCACCAUUAAAAUUCUAGAUUCCAAAAGGACCUUGGUGAUACAGUCCCACCCUCUUGGUAGCAAGUGAAGCUGGUGUGUAGGGCCUGUGCCAAGGGCAGUGGAACUAGGGUCAUGGGUCUGGGGCCCAGUUCCCGUGUUCUUCGACUUCCCCCUUGUGUGACAUGCCUGAGUCUCGUGUCUUCAUCUUCAAAUCAGUGGGUUUCCUUUAAUUCAGUAGUUCUCAAAUUUGAGUAAUAUGUAGACCCCCUUGAAAAGAAAGAAUAAAGCUCUGUACCCUACGUGUUGAUCUGUUAUUGUCAUUCUAAAGUGUUUAAAUAUGUGCAAACAUCAAUUAGAGCUUUUCCUUAAUACAACUUUCAGUCCAAGACAUUCUAUCAAUUAAAUGCAAACAAAAUUAUCAAACAAGUAUUAUUCCCACAAUACCGGAUGGCUCUCCCCGAGCUGGCGGCACCAGGGAGACAGGCUGACUCAGGGCUUUGCCCAGUCAGCGGGCUUCGGACUGGGUAAUGGCCAGUGAGGAACCCUCCUGUGAGCUGAGAACGGAAAGACGCCGCAGGCCAAGUGAGGAGACGUGGAGGGCAGUCAGCAGAGCCCGGAGAAGAGGGCCAGGGACGAGCAGAGCUGUGCUGGGGGAAGCCAGAUGCAGGAGCAGCAAGCUGGGCAGCCCAGCAGAGUGGGAACCCACUGCCCAGGAGACCCACGGGGGCUGAGCUGCCGCGGGUAUCCGUGAGAGUGAUGGCGCUGCUCGGAUGGUUUCCUGUUCAUUCUUGCCCCUCAGUAUUCGUAAUAUAGAUUCUGUCCACCUGGGUGAACUCACCGUCCUUGAACUCAGAAAGGCCCAAAUAGAACAUCUAGUGUUUGCCGGAACGAGCGUUAGGGUCUGGCUUUCCACCUGCUCUCCUGCUGACCCGCUGCCUUCCGUUAAACACGUCACGUAUCUUUUAUCUGUGGUGUUUGAAUUGUUGCGACAAGAGCCAAUUCAUGUAUUGUGUGGUUUAAAAUAAAGAACAAGAAAAACACUUUGGCCAGUGGCAGUUUUUAAGUCUCAGAUAAAGUAUAGAUUUUAAAAGUAGUAAUUACUCGAAUUUAAUAAAUCAGAUUGUUUUUCUUCAGGUUUCAGCACUCCAGGGGUAAUUAUACUAUUAUACCAUAAUGAAGUAUUUUUAAAGGAGACUGGAUGCAUUCACUUUUUUUCCCAUGCUCUGAACUUUGGGUUUAAAAGCUCUUUCAGGCACCUGCCACAACUUCGGGAGGAAAGCAAGUAAGCAAGCACCAACAUGGCCUGACUGUCACAAAAAAAAAAAAAAUUUAAACAGGCAGAAGGGAAAAAGCAUACUUUCUGCGUGUAUGGUGGGGUCCGUCUUUUGUCAUGUGUUGUUGAAAUAAAAUCUUCUGUUUGUUGUUUAGUUUUCAUUUAUUUCCACCCUGAUGGAAAGACCUGGAUUUGUUGUUUUAGCUUUACUUUCGAGCGAAGACUCUCUAAAAUAUUUUGUCAUUGUCUGCUCCAGGAAGAGGAGCUUUGUCACUGUGUUAAUGUUAUUGUUAUGCAACUGAGCUGUGCUCUGUUCACCAGAAAGAGAUGAAACUAUCACUUUUGUGCUCCUUUAAGAAGCCGGCGAAAGUUCACAGUUCCCCGGCUCCUGUGUGUGGAGAGAACAGACAUCCGUUUGGCUCCACCAGGUGCUGCGUUCACCUUCCUAAAAGUUGUUUGCGCCUCUCGGGGGCCUUGAUGUUUUUAAUCCCCUCUCGUUUGAUGCAAUGUUGGACACCCACGUUAUGACCCACACACUCCCAGACCAUCUGCUUCCCUAUCACAUUAGCAAAAGCUGAAGCGUGCCUUUUCUUUCUUGGCGUACGUUUUCCAAAUGUUCCUGGAAGCACUUUGUAAAGCAUUGAGAAGAACCCAAGGACUGGAGGCUAGCCUUUCAAAAUUGACCGCGAAAUUCAGUCAAACUGUGAUGAAACCAGCCAACAGUUGGCAACCAUUUCAAGUUUUUUUUGUUGUUGUGCCAAGUGCACAAGAAGGUCUGAGAUUACUAGACAUAAAGUUACUCAUCAGAAUCUCUCUUAGUCUCUUGUGAGGGCCAAGGGCCUGGUAGCUUGUGCUCAUCUCCAUCUUCCCCUUUACUGGCUCCUCACUGCGCCCGUGGCUGAUUUUAUUCGCUCUACCACUGGCAUCCAGGAAAUGGGACCACGAGGUGCAUCUCCUGGUGCUAAAACCAGAGGGCUUUUCCUUCCUCUGCCCGGAGAAACCCAGCCCUGGGAGUCCGGGUGGUGAAAGCCGGCCAUCCUCAGAAACUGAUUUACCUCAUUUUGCCGGCAAUUUAUGGAUGUGAGAUAAAAAAAUUAAAAAUUGACUUUGGCUUUCUUUACCUGGUAAGUCAUUUGAACUAAAAAGAAAGAGAAGGCCUUUCACAAAUAAAUCAAUCUUCAUUUAUUAUUUCACUAGAAAGCCCCUUUCACCUAGAGAAACUGAGGUAAGAAGAAACCCCAUAAACACACACACACACACACACACACAAGACACAUGGGUGAUACCUGUUGGCAGUGCCUGGGGACCAAACUCUUGGCAAUGCUGAUGGUUUUCAGGCAUCUUCCAUAUGUUCAGCAUCCAGCUGUCAAGUGACUUCUUUACUCUUUACUAGGAGAUCAGAAUUGGAAAGCAAGGAUGACCCAGCCCCAGUUGUGGCUUUAAAUGGCAUGAGAUAGCUAACUCUUCAUUGAUGACAUCUUCACAUUUGGACCCAAAUUAAUUUUCAAACUCAGUUUCCCCUUUAGCGAGCUGUUGAAUUUUAAUAGUUUUCAAUAAGACUAAAAUUGUUCAGGAAAGAAAAAUCACUUCCAGGAAGGCUUAAUUUACUAUAGGUUUUCUCGUUGACUGUCUCUGCUAUUUGAUUGUCUCUUAAUCCCAUUUUAUGUGACCAAAUUUAGCACCAAGACUAACACCUAGUAAGUAUACUGGGUCAUUCCAGCUUCUUGAGUCCAUAGAUUCUUUGCUUUAGCAUCUAAUAUGUAAGUAUAAAAUGGUGUGAGACAUACCCUCCCUUUUCUCAAUCCCUGUAGCUAUUAAAAUGUGGAAAAAGCAGAUAAUCUUUCUAGUUCAAUCAAAUGUUUCAAGCCACAGCCAUUGUGAUUCAAAUCAAGACAAAGUCUUUCAUAUGAAUGAAGAGAUGAUUGAAAAAAUUUGUCAUCGAAUUAAGGUCUUAACCUAAGUUCUUUUCAAAUGUCCUCUUGUUUUCUCCAGCUAAUUUCUUCAUGUAUCAGAUAACUGUGUAGGUGAUAAGAAACUGAACAGAAAGUUUGGAUUUUUUAAUGUGAAAAGGAAAUGUGGUUUUGAUGGGAAAGGGAAGAAGGUUUUCAAUAACUUUGGAGUUGGUGAUCUGAAAAAAGCCUAAUUCUAAGGAAACUGAUUAAAAUUGCCGAAAGAGGUAAUUACGCAGCAAAUUUUUUUUCAUCCUAAAAUAAAAUUACCAAUUUAUAGUUACAAAAUUUUAUUCUGAGAAAGUUUUACUGCCGAAGUCAUACUUGUUUUUUCUUAGAAAUCGUCUUCUCCCUUUACUCUUACAAAAUUCUGGUUUUUAUAUUUCCUUCUUAUAACAUUUUGAUUUUUCUAGUCUUGAGGCUGACUUAAGAUCAUGCUUUAUCUUAGGACUGGUGAGAUGAGGUUGAGUUGCUGGCUAUUCAUAAAUUAUAAUCAGCUGACUAUAGAACUAGAUAUUUCUGGGUUUGUGUGAAUAAUUGUUACAAAGAUCAUCUUCCUGUUAUGUUUGGGUACUUAAGUAUUCUUCUUUUAGAAAGAAGAUGUGGAUCUAUACCAAUAAAGCCCUCAAGUUGCCAAAGACUACACCAAGUGUAUAAAGAUAGAAAUUAGACUCUUGGAAAAUGGUGUCAUUUUUAUCCGUUCCCGAUUAUUUCCCUAAAGCAGCAGUUCUCAUACUUUUUGGUCUUAGAACUUCUUUACACUUAAAAAUUAUUGAGGACUCCAGAAAGCUUUUGUUUGUGUGAGUUAUUUUCUAUCACUUUAUUAGAAAUUGAAAAUGACAAAUUUUUAAAAUAUUCAUUUUAAAAUAUCAGCACACCAACUACAUGUUAACAUUUGGGAGGAGGGACUUCUAUUUAAAAAAAUUACAGUAGCAUUGUUUUUCAUUUUUACCAAUUUAAGGUCUGGUUUUAUAAAAGGCAAUUGGGGUCUCGCAUGUCUGCGUUCAGACUAUUGCAGUGUGUUUUGGUUCGAGUAAAAAUAAAGAAAAUCCAUCCUCACAAAUAUGUAGUUGGAAAAGCCGUAUUUCAGUAACCUUUUCAGGGAAUUAUGGAUAUUCUUUAAUACCACAUCAAAACAACACAUUUGUAAACAGCUAAUUGCAGUGUGGAAUCUGAAACCGUAUCAGUGAACUUUUUGUACUCUGUUAUGUUAAAAUCCAUUGUUCUGUCUUGCACUUUGAAUAAAUAUUUUUCUUAUGCACAA